UUGAAUUGAUUUUUGUUAAUUUCAGAUCACACGCCUCCAAUAUGGUGAUAAGACGAAAAUAGAAAAAUAUUUUUAAUUACUCUUCUCUAAAAUACCUGGAAACUCAUAGUGCUAAAUGUAAAUAAUCACAAAAAAAUGAAGAAGAAAGUAUUGAAAUCGUUUGUCACAAGAAAGAAGAAGUCCUGUUUAAAGACUAAACUGAAAACGACUCGAAAAUCUCGAAAGAAGAAUGACGACAAGUUCGACUGUAGUUUUGUCGACGAGCUAAAGCUGAGAAGUCUGGACUCGUGUCUCCUGAAUCCUAACUAUGCGAUCAUAUGCGACUUUCUGAUAAAAUUCUCUGAUAUUUUAGAAUUGCCGACUGUACCGUUGAAAGAUCUACAACUUAUGAUAGGCUCGUCUGGAUCCCCCCACCAUGAUCUAGUUCGUAUCCACAUCCUUCUCCUUAGGAAGCUAAGACUUCCAAAGAUUAUUAUCAGUGAGAAGAAUUGGGAGAAAGCUUUAGUCCUGUUCUGUAAACGUGACGGAGAUCUUGAACUUGAAGGAGUUCAACUUGAAGGAACAGGAUACUCAGAUCUUAGUGUUAAUGUCAGGUUGGAAAUAUUAAAAUGUUUGAUGGAGGUUCAGUUUCUCUGCAACGAGGUAGUGAAGAAUGAAUGUGACCUGCUCCCUACUGAAGAAUUAAGACAGGAUCCUACAGGGCUUGAUAUACAGGGGAAUAUUUACUGGACACAGAUGUCAGAGGAGGGAGAUCUGAGAAUAUAUGCAGAGACGAGCUCCAGGGGUUCAUGGGAAACCGUAGCACAAACAAGAGAUAAUCUAGUCGAGUUUAUGGCAAAGCUAAAGCAGGAGAAGAUGUAUGUGGUUGAACAGGAGAAAUUAGCUGAGGCGAAGAAGAAAGAGGUGGAGGCCGAGUCGGAGAAAAUUGAUCUUGUGGAGGAACUACAGAAGGAGCAGGAGGCAGCUAAGGUAUAUAAGCCAGAGUAUGGAUGUGAAAUAUGUACUGUGGUAGCUAAGACUUCUCUUCAACUACGGGAACAUUAUUCUUCUAUACAUCUUACCAGGCAACUCAAGGAGAAGUUUCCUCAUCUUGUUGAGAAGAGAAUAUGUAAACUCUGUCAGUUUGAUGCUCGGACCACAAGGGAUGAUAGUGAGGAUGAUGAUGAUGAGGAUGAUCUGAUCUGGGUUCAUCUUGGGACUAUACAUGACAAGAUUAAUGUCGUUCUUAAGGAUGAAGGACUUGGACUUGUUCAGGAGAUAAAUAAACUCAAUUGUGAUAAAACAAGCUGUGAUAAUACUAAUAUGCAAGAAGAUUCAUCCAUGACUCUUCCAACCGAUGAUCUUCCACAAAAUUGCAAAUCUUCCUCACAAAGUCUGGAUCUCAAAAAUCCAGAAAAUGAAAACUAUGAUAAAAUUAUGCCUGAAGAUGCACAAAAAACAAAUGAUUCUGUUACUCAAUGUGAAGAUGAAAAAGAAAAAGAUAAUCCUAGUGAAGAGAACGAAGCUAACAAGGAGGAUGAAGAUACUCUCAAAGAUGGAAUGAAAAACGGUCAGUACGAGAGAAGAAGAAGUACCAGGUUAAACAAAGCUGGGUUGGAUCCAGUAAUUGAGAAAGCAAUCAGGGAGUCAGUAGAGCUUGAAAAGCUCAGAUUAAAGCAGGAGAAAGAAGACAAAAAAAGACUUGAACGCAAAUUGUCUUGUAAACUUUGCGGGUUGUACGAUUCAGACUCUAUAAACCCUGUAUAUACCUGUGCAUGUGGGUACAGCUGGCAUAAAGAUUGUACCAAACCAAAGCUAUAUUCCAGGCCAACAUUAAGCUGGAGAUGUCCUUUAUGUAACCACACUGGUCUGGUUGCAAUGUUACAACAGGUUUUGAUUGAGUUUGAUGCAAUGAUGGAGCAAGCACAACAACGCCGCCUAGCGAGACUCAGAGACAACAGGAGCGCCAGCAGUACAGGCGCAGGAAUUGAGGAGGAUGAGGACAGUGAGUAUGUCGAGAGUGUAGAGGAUGAGAGAACGAAUGAUGAUGAUGAGGCUGGAAGGAUAAAUGAAGGAGAAGGGGGUGUAGAGGAAGGGAUGAGGGAGAUGGUUGACGCUAUAGUGAAGGACAGGGAGACGAUGAAGCUGGUCGUCAACUACUGUGAGACGAGCGAGGAAGACGAGGUUGAGGAAGAUGAAGAAGAGAAAGAGUGGAAAAGAAUUAGGAGCACUUGUCUAUGUGAGGGCGCUGGGAAAUGUGUUUACUGCAAAAGAUUAAAGGGUUGUACAUGCGAGGGUGCUGGUACAUGCCGUCUGUGUGUAUCGCUUGAGAAGAAGGAGAGUAGUAGUGAUAGCUCCCUGGAGGUUAUUGAACACUCAGACAAUGAGAAUACGGACUUGAAGAUGUCUACAACGGAAUUGUUUCUUUUGACUGGUGAGACAAAAACCAUCCAAGUCCCUAAAAGCAAAAGAUUAUUCACACCGACUGGCAAACCUAGAAAAGGGGGCUCCGUCGUUUCGAAAGCAGAAAUUAUUAAUCUGACAGAUGACGUCACAAUUUAUCAAUCUUCCUCACGAAAACAAGCCUCUCCCAGAGGAAGUUUAACUCCAACGAGGGGAUAUUCUCCUUCAAGAGGUUCAACUCCUCGGGGUAGUUCAACUCCUAGAGGGGAAUCUAAUAGAGAAAUGACUCUGUAUAGGACUUUCCUUGGUAUUCCACUAAGUGCUCGAGGUACUCCACCAAGCGGAAGAGGGACUCCUAGAGGAACUCCGCAUAGUUCCCAUAUUGUAUCUGGAUAUCAGAACAGAAGCUUGGCUGACAGUGCCAGGCGUAGAAACUUGUUUCAGGAGAUUAUUGAUAUUGACGAGGACGAGGAUGAGGAUGAGAACGAGGAUUGGAUUUCUCCGGACUCUGCAGCAGCCAAAUAUUUUCCUGAGAGGAUCAGAUAUCCUGCACCUGCUCCUGCUCCUGUAGUGCGAGCAGCAACCCCUAGACGUACUCCAGCUCCUAUUCUCAGAAGGAAUAUGAGAGCAGCCGGUGCUUUUCAAGGUCGAGUAAUCCGAACAGGAAGAUCUCCUGCUUCUGGUCGAUCUUUUGUGCGUCCUCCAGUGGCCCAACGGACAUCUCAAGGUCAAAGAGUAGGACAAAAUGAUCUUCAGUAUGCUAUACAAUCUUGCGGAAAUCAGGAUGCGUACAAUGUUGGUGCGUAUGAAGAUGAUGCGUAUUUAAAUGAGCAAUACUCCACUGAGGAAGAUUACGAUGAUGUUUCAAACGCAGGAACUUAUGCCAACUUUAUGCCAAAUGUUUCUACCCAGAAAUACAGAACUGAGCAGUUGAGAUCUAUUGCUCUACCACAGCAGUCUCGCCCCCUUCGUCGACCUAAUCUAGCAUUACAGAGGCCACGACUAAUGAAUCAACGGCCUCAUCAAAGGCCUCAAAUGAUGCAUCCUCAGCGUCCGAGAAUCUCCCCGCAACUGUCAAUGUAUUCCCCUCAGCAACAUUUAUUAUCCUCACCUCGAGCUUUUACACCAAGAAUGACAAGAACAAAAACAAGAACAAGGCCAAUUAGAGGAUUAGAUGGGGCAUCAAGAGGAGCUUUGCUUCAAAACUCUUACCCAGGCCAGUCUAAUAUUCAGGCAGCUGGGUUUAAUCAACUACCUAACUAUGCAUCAGGAGGAUCCAGUGCACAUCCAGGAGUUAAAAGGAAAACUCUCAAAAUAAAUGCAUUCAGCGCUUCAAACUCUUAUCAGCAGGGGAAUAUGUUACGACAGACCAGUGAAGAAAUACUGUUAGACGAUGAAGACGACAUUUCAGAAGUUUCCCCGCCUACAACUAGCUCCUUCGUGAAUACAGGAGACGGUCUACACAUCCAACCAAGUGCAUCCUUUAACCAUCAUCUUAGUUCCUCCAGCGGUGCAUAUAACCAGUCCUCACCAUUGACCGAUAAUUACAACAAUUUUCCGACUGGAGAUUAUAUCUCGACGCAGACUAAACAGUAUGAUCUAACUCAAGAUGAACCUGAGGAAUUUGUGGAUACUGCCGAUUAUUCAAACGAGGAUUUCAGUAUUCAUUCAUCGGACGUUAUCGAAGAAAUUGAGCCAAGUAACGUUUACUCGACCUCUACCCAUUCAACAGCCAGCGGAGCCCGAGAAAAUUUGUCUGGCGCUGUUUUUAGCGAUAGAUUUGGCGCCAGGAAUAAUCUUGUUCUAGAUGAAGAGUUUGGUGCCAGGAUUCGUGAAGAGCUUGGUGAUCCUGGGGAACUGGGUCGAAAUGAAUCUGAGCUUGCUCGUCUUCCACCUGGUAUACUAGUCAGGAAAGUAUUGGAAGAGGAUAUAGUGGAACUUGAGUAAGUCUGGAACCGAAAAAUAUUUUUUAAAAGUCGCCUGUUGUACUUAUUUAUCAUGUUUACUUGGUAUCUUUGUACAUUAUUCAAGUCAUAAAACUUCCAAAAUUACUAAAAAAGCUUAAAUUUACAUAUAUCCGCUUUAAAUCUGUAUGUUCAAAUAUAAGCUAUGUAAAUUUACAAUUUGUUGAAAUCUCAUGUAAAUCAACAAUUAAACUAUAAAAAACCUAAAUAAAUCGAUCUCAGAAUUUA